CCAGCAUCACCAGCAUCACUAGCAUCACCAGCAUCACCAGCAUCACCAGCAUCACCAGCAUCACCAGCAUCACCAGCAUCACCAGCAUCACCUGUGAACUGUUGGACCUGUAAGGCCUCAUCCCCAGUUCCAGAUCUAUGUUAUCAGAGAGGCCAGCAGCCAGUUUGAAAGUCACUCUUAGAGUCCACUAUGGCUCGCAGGCCAAAUUUAGUCCCUUGCUUUUAUUUUUUAUUUAUUUUACUCAUUUCUUUGAGUAUUAUAUUCCUGACAAGGUUGCAUGAUUGUGAUGGUCAGAGCAUAUUAAAUGAGUAAACCACUCCUUACUGUAUAGCCUUUACAGAGGAACUGUGCUGACUUCUGCUAUUACGGACCGCUCAAUUGUCUGCCUCUUUCUGGAGCUGUGAAACCCACCAGAGGCGACUUUCUGAGUGAGUGGACAUGAGUCAAUGAUUAGGCUGCUGCUGGCAGAUUCCUCUCAGUGCAGUCAGAUAUGGGGCAGAUUUGCAAACCGACCUAAUUAAGGUCAGAAUCUUUGGUAGGAAGGAUGGGGAAUCCAGAAAUGUGUGGCUUGUCUUUCAGUCUUUGCUUUUUUUUUUUUCCCUGUCAAUCACCUCAGGCCAUCCUUAUCUGCAGUUUAAUGUAACUGUAGAAACAAGCUACUUGAAGACUUUAGUAAAUGUGGAUUUUGAUCCUCUCUCCUGACCCACUUUCCCUUCCUCCCGGCCUCUCUCCUCCUCCCUUCUUCACUCCCUUGCCUUUCCUUUUUCCUUUUUCCUUUUUCCUCUUUCCUCCUUCCUUUCCCCUCUAAUCUCCCUUUCCCUUCCCUCUUUUCCCGACAGGGUCUCAGAUAGUCCAGGCUGGCUCAGCUCACUACAUUCCCAGGCUGCCUUGCGUUUGUGAUCUUCUGCUUCUGCUUCCUGUUCACAGCCGGGCUCACAGGUGUGCUGCUAUCUGCUGUGACUGCAUUUCUAGUGAGUUUGAGAUGUCAGGCAGAUCAGGCUGGCCUAGAACUCCUGGCCUUUCUGUCUCAGCCUUUCAGAUGCUGGAAUUUCUGGUGUGUGCCAUCAUGCUUAGCCCUCUGCUAACAAUUUGAUUUUAAUACCUAACCCAGUAGAAAACCAUUGCCUGAAGAGGUACAAAAAGGUCUGUGGACAGAUUAGCAUGGGCAGAGAUGGAGAACAAAUAAACACCUGUUGGUUGGUUGAGACUUGUAUUAGUGAAUCUUCAUGGGCAGUUGAUUGGAUUCUGAGUCAAAUCUGUCGGAGAGUCUGACCAAGGAAGGAAUCGCACUUGAAUGUAGGUGCGACUCUCCCAGGGACAGAAUAAAGAGGCAAAUGCAAACUGAGUACCAGCAUCCAUCCUCUGCUUUAUAAUAACAAAUGUGUCUCACACCCCUGCCACGUGUGAGAGCCACUCUCUUUGCUGUGGCUUGCCUCCCGCUGUGGCAGAAUAUAAACCCUUCCUUCCUAGGUCACCUUAGUCAGAGUGAUGAGAAAACCUAAGACAGAAAACUGGUUCUAAGAAGCCGGACUGAUGCUGUGAUAAAUCUGGUCACAUGCUUGGUAGGUUUAGAACUGGUUUGCAGGAGGGUGUAGGAGCACUUGGGCCCUUCAGAGUACUGCUAGGAUUGUGGGCAUUGUAGACUGCUCACAAGAUUGCAGAGAAUUACAAGUUUCAACAGGUAAACCAACGUUUAUUUGUUCCACUUUUUCCACAUCUUCUGCCCAUGCUAAUUUGUAUAUAGACUCCCCCACCCCCUCUUCAGGAGUCUUGGGAAUUGAGCUAGAACCCAUUCAUGUUGCAUCCUGGAAAGCAGUCUAUCCUCUGUCUGUGCCCUGAGAAGUGAGACUAAGCUAAAGAGCAGGGCACUAACCAGAUUGGAGGCAGACAUUUCAGGGCAGCACAACAUUUAGGCUGCGUCAUGGUUACGGCUUAUUGCUCUGCUCUAAUGUAUAGUGAGAAGCCACAGGUAGAAUGGAAGAGUGUGAAAAACAUGGACUUUGGUGAGGAGUGUGGCAGAUUUACAGUCCUGGACAAGCAGAGCAUGGAGAAAGCCCCGUGACUGUUAGAGAGAUGAGCACCGUUAAGGGUGUCUGUUGGGAUAAUAGAUGGAGAAUCUUAGUGAGACCCCACCAUGAAAGGAUCUAUACAGCAUGUGAAAAGGAGAAAGAAUGAGAACACCUGGGAAGGAUUUCCUUGUGUGGAAACAACCUUCUAGGCAAGUGUUUAUUUCUCCAUGUCCAGCCACCGAGGUCCAGAGAGGUCCAGAUGUGGUAGAGGGCACCUGACUACAUCAGAGCCUGCUAGCACUGUCCAUAUUGGUGCCAAUUUUUGGGUUGUGGCACCUUGCAAAAUUCUAGAAACUGCUGAAGCAAGGUUGGAGUCCAUGCAAGGAAGUCCUUUUGAAAAUGAACCCUAAGUGGAGACCCCAGAGGCUGGAGAUGCCAGUACUCUGGUAUAACAGUAGAAGAAAGUUGCAGGGACCAGAUGGUGCCAAGCUGAGAGAGAGAGCCGAAGGAGCUACCCAAGGUCAUUCGAACCUGAAAGCUGCCAAGAGCCUGAGCUGUUGGACGUGUGGCUGCAGAAUUUUAUGUUUUCACAACUGGGCUUUUGUCUGAUCCUUGCCAGGUCCCUAGUGUCUCCAUUUUAGAGCGAGAACACCUAUUCGACUCAUUACAUAUUAGAAAUAGUUAACUUAUUUAUUGUUAUUUUAUGCCUCAAAGUUAAGACGUGCUCUGAGUCUUAUGAGUGGCACUGGGCUUUCGAGCAGUGCUGGAUCUGGUAACUCUGAGGGGACUUUGGAAGUUGGAUGAAUUAGAAAGCUAGGGGUGGCACAUUAUGGUUAAAGUGAUGUGCUUGGGUGUCGUUCACGGGAUCUAUAGUCACCUAGGAGGCACUCCUGUGUGGAUGUAAGGAUGGUUUAAGGAGUGAUGAGCCACUGUGAGUGUGGACAGCACCACCCAUGGGCUGGGGUCUAGGAAUGAUGUACGGGGAAGAGGGGAGAUGGAGCCGAGUGCCACCCACGGUUUAUGUCUUUCUGCUUCCUGACUGCAGCUGCACUGUGACUGUCUCACGUUCCUGCUGCCACAGCUAUGUCCUCUCCCACCACCAUCCCUCUCCUGCUGGGAUGGAGUCAGAAUAAAUUCUCUUUAAGUUGACUUUGUCAGUUACUUUAUCACAAGAAUAACAGUAACUCACAGGACUGUUAACUACUGAGGGCUACAGAGAAGAGCCUACUGAUUAUUUUAGUUCUUUAUUAAGGGCCUAAUGAGAUUGCUCAAAAGAUUCAGUGAUCCUACAGGGCCAGAAGCCAUAACUUUGCCCCUUACUCAAUUCUGGAAAGAGCGAUAAUGCCUUUGUGUCCUCUACAGUCACCAGGUAGGAGCAGUGUGGUCCCUGGAUAAUAGGAAUCAUAAAGCUUUUACAACACAUUGUCUCAGUCAGUGGCCUGGACUGGAAGCAGGGCCGGUGCUACCUGCGGGUCUGUAGCAGGCUUGUCUUCUUGUCUGUCUUUGUUUCCCUGCUGACUUUCUGAAGUGGUUUGUCUGCCAUCUUCCAUGUAUAUCUCAGCUUUCAUCUUUCCUUGAGUACAGCAGAGAGAAUGUUGCUUUACUGAGGCCCCUGCCCAAAGGGGAAACAGCUUGACUGUGAGCACUGGUUCCCAAGUCCUGUCUUCUGCUCUGUAGUUACGUGAGACGGAUCUAUAACUAGUAGAAAACUUUUGGUGGUUAUUUGUUGUCCAUGGUUGCUCACAGCAGCAGUGUUAAAUUUCUAGAAAUGGAAGCGAGCCUUAGUUUUCUCUUGAUGGCUAUUGUCACUGUUUACUUUUAGCCUAUGACAAGAAAUGUAUACCUAAGUGUAGGGUAUUGUACUGGCUAGUUUUGUGUCAACUUGAAACAGCUGGAGUUAUCACAGAGAAAGGAGCUUCAGUUGAGGAAAUGCCUCCAUGAGAUCCAACUGUAAGGCAUUUUCUCAAUUAGUGAUCAAGGGGGAAAGGCCCCUUGAGGGUGGGACCAUCUCUGGGCUGGUAGUCUUGGUUCUAUAAGAGAGCAAGCCAGGAGAAGCAAGCCAGUAAAGAACAUCCCUCCAUGGCCUCUGCAUCAGCUCCUGCUUCCUGACCUGCUUGAGUUCCAGUCCUGACUUCCUUGGUGAUGAACAGCAGUAUGGAAGUGUAAGCCAAAUAAACCCUUUCCUCCCCAACUUGUUUCUUGGUCAUGAUGUUUGUGCAGGAAUAGAAACACUGACUAAGACAAGUAUAGAUCAGUGACUAGGAAUUGAGAUGGAUCUCUAGCCAACUAACUGAGACUGAUCUGUCCUGCAGUUGAGCAUAGGGAAAGUUUGUUGUUGGAUAGUGUAUGCCUUGACAUCGGCAGAGGAGACAGCUUGUAUUUAGUUGUCCAUGUGUUAGCAGCCUCACUGUGAAGGAUGAAAUAUAAAUCCCUAGGCUAGCCACAUGCAGUGGUGCAUGCCUGGGAGUCUGAGGCAGGAAGACUACAUGCGCGAAGGCAACCUGGGCAACAUAGUGAAUCUCCCUCCAACCAGCCUGGACUACAUAUGAUGUCAUGUUUCAGAAAGACACAGUGAGACUAAUGACUUUCUUAAAAUACUGCUCUUGCUAAUCAAAUGCGUAUACAUUGGUAUUUUGUGAGUGCAGUGUUUUAGAGGGUGUGGAUGAAAAGUUCCAGUUUCAGAAUACAUUUUUCCUCUGGUAUACACUCACUCUUCCAGUGAGUAGGAUACAUACUGCACCAUUACAGAUUGUGGUAAGCUUUGCUGUAUUCUGUGCCCCAUAGUUUUCUUUGGCGAUUUUGUAAUUCCAUCUCUGUCCUCAGCCCUCAUUCCUAGUCAGUUCUUGGUCUGCAGUCUGGUUGAUUUUGGGGGUCUAGUAUGUUUCACUCAGUUAUUUUGAGACGCGGUCAUAUUGUGUGUAUAAUGCUUGGCUUCUUGUUAUUGCUUUGUGACAUUGCAGUGUAUGAGUGCGCCACCACUCAUAUAGCACUCACUUGUUGAUGACUAUAUUAUCUUUUUUUUAUAAAGAUAUAUUUUAUUUAUAUGAGUACACUGUAGCUCUUUAGACACACCAGAAGAGGGCAUCAGAUCCCAUUACAGAUAGUUGUGAGCCACCAUGUGAUUGCUGGGAAUUGAACUCAGGACCUCUGAAAGAGCAGUUGGUGCUCUUAACUGCUGAGCCAUCUCUCCAGCCCAGUGACUAUAUUAUCCAUCAGUGUAUUUCAGCUAGCCCUGAAUUUAAGGAUUAAGAUAACAUCUGUUACCUUAUAGUUCUCUGAGUUAGGAGUUUGGGAGAUGUCACUGGGUGGCUCUGGCUUGAUGUCUUGAUGUCUUUCACUGGAUGCUGCAUAAGUAUUGGGGCUGGGACUUUGCAUUUCAGGUUCUCACAUGGGCCAAUGGGUCCAUGUCCAACGGGUUUUAAUCAUAUCCCUCUUAGCCAGAGGCCCAAGUUCUUUACCUAGGACCCCUCCCCACUCCCUCUUGCACCUCUCUCUUUGUUUUUUUCAACACAGUUUCUCAGUGUAUGCUGGAUGCUCUGGAACUCACUCUGUAAGCCAGGCUCACAUGGAGCUCCCAGAGAUCCGAUCUGAGUCCUGAGGGCUGGUAUCAAAGUUGUGUGCCACCACUGCUGUCUUCCAAGGACCUUCUUUGCAGGACUGCAUGAGUGUCCUAAUGACAACAGAGUCUGUUACUCUCCAAAUGUGACCUAAGCAAGGGCAAAGGAAAUGUCAGUGCCUGCUGUGACCCAGUCCCAGAGGUCACACUGUCAAGUCUAUAUGACUGUUUAGAAGAAGCAGGCGACAGCUCCCACCUGAGAAACGAAUGAAGGUCUGCUUUUGAAGCAAGGAUUGCCAAAGAGUUUGUGGAUGUUCUAGGUGAAGUACUUACUGUGGCCUUUUAGUCAGAGCUACCUGGGUGACCCAGGGGGCUGGAGUGUUGUAAUCCAGUUGGAGGCCAGCCUGGCAUCAGAUCUCAGGAAAGGGAAAAAAAAAUGUGCCUGCUGUGGUGGUACGCCCUUCUAAUGCCAGCAGAGCUCUGAUUUGGAAGCAAACUUGCUCUACAUACAAGUUCCAGGACACUGGAGCUAUACAGAGAGACCCUGUCUCAAAAGGAAAAAAACUUUAGAAAAUUGUGGCCCUAUUUUGCUUACCACAGUGGGCCAUUGUGUUGGUUGGUUGUUUUUUGUUUUGUUUUUUUUAGUUUUGGCUAUUAUUGAUACAGUUACUGGCUAAAUACAUACAUGCAUACAUAUUUAAUAUAUACACAUCUGUGGAUAACAUUUGUGUAUGUAGAAAUGUCUAGGGGCAGUGAGCUCAUUUCUAGGAUGGCAUGUGAAAUUGUACUACUUGCAUAAUGAAGGAGUUGUAUGCUAAGAAAAAAAUAAAGAAAAUAAUUUUAUCAAAUAUAAAUGUUCAUUUUCAAUAUUAAAAUUUCUUUUAAAUACUACAUUCCUUAAAAUCUGACUAUCAUUAAAGAGAACAAAACCUCAAAACUUGGGGACAGUUUUCCAAAGCUGAUCACACCUGUCUCCACCAGCAUGUGUGAGCUGCAGUUGUGUUACAUACUUGGUGUGUGUGUUCUUUAAAAUUCUUGGGGGCAGCACUUCUGGGCCUUUUGCAGGUGUAAAUGGAAUAGUUUUAAGUUGCUUUUCCUUUUUUUUUUUUUUUUUCUUUUUUUUUUUGGUGAAAUGUCAUCUUUUGCACUUAAAGAAAGUGCACUGAGUUGGUAAGAAGGCCACUCUGUCCAUAUUUGUUAUUUUAAAUUUACAUGUAUGAAAACUGACCUCUUGUGGCGUGGAGCUUUAGAGGUCCCGUCCUGCGGCUAAAGUCAAGAUAAGGCGGCAUCUGUCAGCCCCUCCCCCAGCACACCUUUGCAGUGUCCUUCCUCCUGCCAGCUGCCCUCUUCAUCUCCAGGGAAACUGCUGAUCUCUUCUCUAUACCUGUAGCUUUGCUUUUUCCUAAAGGUCAUGUAAAUGAGAGCCUGUGAGGUGGUGUGACUAGGAUUCACUUACCUGGUAGCCAAGUGCGCCGAGUUUCAUCUGUUUGUGUGCAUUGUGAGAUGUUCCACGGUGACGGGCAUUCACCAUUGUCAGCAGCUGUGAGUCCAGCUGCUGUAGAAACUUAACCUCUGAUGUUUCUGUGAGCCCAAGGCCUUCUUAUGGAUAAAUAGCAGCAGUUGCUGUUGGAUUGGAUGGCUAAGCGCCAUCCAAGACCACCUUUACCUUACAAGAAAUGGGGGUUUUAAAUCACAAGUUUUAUUUCCUAAGUCCCUAGCUACUGAUUCCUUUUUAGUGAGCUUUGGUAGAUUUUGUGUUUCAAAAACAUAUGUGCUUCUUUUUCUGUUGAGUGUUCUAUAGGCUUAGACUUAUUUCCCGACAACACACAUUAUCCUUUCAAUAGCUACCUAUGGUAAGGCCAUACCCUGCCUCCUAAAUAGCCAACAUUUGUGACUUUUUAGUUCCCUUUAUUGCUUUGGCUAGAUAGAUGUGUUCAUAUAAGUCUUCAUCCUCCAGACAGAAUAAAAAGAUUUUUUGAGCCUCCACAAGAGCAUCAUAGGCAUGGCACUGAAUGAGAACUGCGUCUUAAAGAGACAGCGGGCUGGUGAGCCACCUCCUUUACAGUGCCCACCUUGCAGGCUCCAUCCUAGCAUCCCUUCCCUGGAAAGCUGACUGGUGCCAUGUGGUUCCUAGCAGAGCCUGGGUUCUCAGGACAGCAGCUACUAGUCAGAUAAUCUUAGCUGACUGCAUCAAGUCACUCCACCCACCUGCAGUGACCUGGCCUUCUCUUUAGGGACACUUUCCUGAGCAGUCUUGCAGAAGUUGCCUUGUGGGGGCUGCUCCCUUUUUAUUUUCUGGUCAUAGCCUUCGCUCUGCAUUUACCAUUUUUAUAAUCUCAAAGAACCAUGCUUUGGUUUUAUUGAUUUUUGUCUUUAUCAAUUUUCUAUUUAGUUCCGUUUUGAUUUCUAUAGUUUCUUUUGCUUAUGUUGGGCUUAAUAGGAUACAAGAAAAAAAGAUCUUUUUUUUUUUUUUUUUUUUUUUUUCUGGAAGCAAAUUGGGCAGAUGCAGUAUUUUAAUUAGAAUUAUUUGUAAGUUUUUCUUGACUGUUUUGUGUAUUGUUUCUCCAGCCUCUGUUCUUCUCACUCUAUUUCAAAUCCAGAAUUUGAAGUCAUUCUGACAAUUCUGAAAGUACUUGGAAUUUCUGUAGGGAGGCAUCAGCACUGGGCCCGGGGCACCGUAACACCUGGACAGAGCUCUGUUCUGAGGACUGGGAUUUUGUUCUCUCUGCUCAAAGCUGUGCUUUGACCAACAGGACUGUGUAAUGCUGACUGGAAUUCAAUUCAGCCAUUGUUUCUGGUCCCAAGUCUUCCCAGUGGAAACUCCCGGCUGGGCCAGGCAGAGCUGCUGCUGUUCUUAGCUGGCGUGGGGAAAGAGGAGAAAGGGGUUUGCGUUGCUGUGGGUUGGCUUCCAAAGUCUGAAGAGGAAUUGAAAUUGUUUGCUUUUCUGUAGUGAAGAAAGCAAGUUAUUUUUGAGGCUCGUAGAAUUGGCUCUAAACUGGCUUCAAUUUCAUAUAUCACUUUCAUGGUCUUCAGUAAGAAAUGAGAUUCUGUUUGACCAAACCCAGAGAUCAAUUAAGGCCCAGCUUCAGAACUUUGUCAAAGAAGAUCUUAGAAAAUUCAAAGAUGCCAAGAAACAAUUUGAAAAAGUCAGUGAAGAAAAGGAAAACGCACUAGUAAAAAAUGCCCAAGUUCAAAGAAACAAACAGCACGAGGUUGAAGAGGCUGCAAACAUUCUCACGGCCACGCGGAAAUGCUUCCGGCACAUAGCGCUUGACUACGUCCUGCAGAUCAAUGUGCUUCAGUCAAAACGGAGAUCGGAAAUCCUGAAAUCAAUGCUGUCCUUCAUGUACGCACAUCUGGCCUUCUUCCAUCAAGGGUAUGACCUGUUCAGUGAGCUUGGGCCCUACAUGAAAGAUCUUGGAGCACAGUUGGAUCGACUGGUUGUAGAUGCAGCAAAGGAGAAAAGAGAGAUGGAGCAAAAACACUCUACGAUCCAGCAGAAGGCUGCAUUACAGGAUUUCUCCAGUGACGAUUCCAAGCUAGAGUAUAAUGUAGACGCUGCAAAUGGCAUUGUCAUGGAAGGGUAUCUGUUCAAACGAGCCAGCAACGCCUUCAAAACGUGGAACAGGAAAAAGCCCGAUCACAUCAGACGCUGGUUCUCCAUACAGAACAAUCAGUUGGUUUACCAGAAAAAGUUUAAGGACAGCCCCACUGUGGUGGUGGAAGACCUCAGGCUCUGCACAGUGAAGCAUUGCGAAGACAUCGAGCGGCGGUUCUGCUUUGAGGUCGUCUCUCCAACAAAAAGUUGUAUGCUCCAGGCAGAUUCUGAAAAGCUUCGCCAGGCCUGGAUUAAGGCUGUUCAGACCAGUAUUGCAACUGCUUAUAGAGAGAAGGGCGAUGAAUCAGAGAAAUUGGAUAAGAAGUCGUCCCCAUCAACCGGAAGCCUAGAUUCUGGAAAUGAAUCAAAAGAGAAGUUAUUGAAAGGAGAAAGUGCUCUGCAGCGUGUGCAGUGUAUCCCUGGCAACACCAGCUGCUGUGACUGUGGUCUGGCAGACCCACGGUGGGCCAGCAUCAACCUGGGCAUUACCUUGUGCAUUGAGUGCUCUGGGAUUCAUCGGAGCCUUGGGGUUCAUUUUUCGAAAGUAAGAUCUUUAACUUUAGACACUUGGGAGCCAGAGCUCUUAAAGCUUAUGUGUGAAUUGGGAAAUGAUGUUAUAAAUCGAGUUUAUGAAGCUAAACUGGAAAAAAUGGGUGUAAAGAAACCACAGCCAGGACAAAGACAGGAGAAGGAGGCAUAUAUCAGAGCGAAAUAUGUGGAAAGGAAAUUUGUGGAUAAGUACUCUGCAUUGCUGUCUCCGUCUGAGCAGGAAAAAAGGAUCAUCUCUAAGAGCUGCGAGGACCAGAGGCUGAGCCAUGCCAGAGCAUCUGUCCACACCCCAGUGGCUGCUGUAACUAGCGACGAGGCCAGGCGGGAGUCUCUGUUCUGUCCUGAUGAGCUAGACUCACUCUUCUCCUACUUUGAUACCUCUUCCAAGCUGCGCAGUAUCAAAAGUAAUGACAGCGGGAUCCAGCAAUGCUCUGAGGAUGGACGAGAAUCUCUACCUUCCACGGUGUCAGCCAAUAGCUUAUAUGAGCCUGAAGGAGAAAGGCAAGAGUCUUCUGUGUUUCUUGACUCUAAACAUCUUAAUCCAGGACUUCAGCUUUAUAGGGCUUCGUACGAAAAAAACCUUCCCAAGAUGGCUGAGGCUUUGGCUCACGGUGCAGAUGUGAACUGGGCUAAUUCAGAUGAAAACCAAGCAACACCACUCAUCCAGGCUGUAUUAGGGGGCUCUUUGGUGACAUGUGAGUUCCUGUUGCAGAAUGGUGCUAAUGUGAACCAAAGAGAUGUCCAAGGCCGGGGACCACUGCACCAUGCCACCGUCUUAGGACACACAGGGCAGGUGUGCUUAUUCCUCAAGCGAGGUGCCAAUCAACAUGCCACUGACGAGGAGGGGAAGGACCCUCUGAGUAUCGCCGUGGAAGCAGCCAACGCUGACAUAGUAACCCUGUUACGCUUAGCAAGAAUGAAUGAGGAAAUGCGGGAAUCAGAAGGACUUUAUGGACAGCCAGGUGAUGAAACUUACCAGGAUAUUUUUCGUGAUUUUUCUCAAAUGGCAUCCAAUAAUCCAGAGAAACUCAAUCGUUUCCAGCAAGAUUCACAGAAGUUCUGAUCCUUUUAACAGGGGGGAAAAUAUGAAAUUUGGUGAAUUCUUAACGUGUACAACCAGAAACUCACACCUUUUUUACUACUUUAAUUCCACUUAAUUUUGGUAGACAUUGAAUUGUUUGGAAAAAUGGUGCCCGUUCAUUUUGGAUUUUUGUAAAUGAGAACAAAAUCUCAUAAUUGGGAAAGGGAGGAAUCCUCUAUAGUUCAUCUUUUCUUUAAGAAAAAAGUCUUUUCAGUGGGUUGUGCUCUUAUAUAAAGUUGUAUCAAAGGCAUUUCUGAGUUCUGAGGUGCUACACUGCUAGACCUCGCCAUCCUUGCCGUGUGUGGGUGGGACUCUGGUUCCCCUGGGAACAUUCAGUCACAGAGUCUGCAUCAGGUGGGAGCCCCUUAUCUUACCUGCUUGGAGCGUGCGUCUUUUCUAUAGCUGUCCUUGUAAUAGUCGGUGCUUCAGACAUAGGUUUGUGCAUUUUCUGGUGGCUCAGCUGAGGCACCCCCCAGUGAGUUUGCCCCGCGCUCACUCCGAGUCCCCAGCACCACGGCUGCCGUGUGAGUGGCCCACACUUUACUCUUUAGAUUCAUUUCGUCUUACGGUGGAAAGAAGCUCUUACCGUUUUCUUUCUUCAAUCACCCAAGAAUCCUAGCUCAGCUUUUGUUGUCAGGUUGAUUUCCUGAAACCUUGACAGAUCGUCACUAUAAUAAAACCGGGUUUCAGACGUUGGCUAUUGCAAAAUUGGGCUUUCUUCAAAACACAGUGAUAUCAAAGAUAAUAUUUUAGGGCAUUUUUAUAUUUAGAAUUAAUCCAUUUUAAGAUAUAUAUUUUUUACUGUUGUUACUCCUGGUGAAAGAAAAAUCUCCAUGUAAUGGGAGAGAAAGCUAAUUGUUUUUCCUGUUUAUACUAAAAUUUACCAGCAAUAAAGUCCUUUUAUUUUUUUCUACAUUUAUCUUGUGUACUAUACAACAGCAUACAUUCUUUUAAAUUGUAUCUUGUAUAUAGCUUUAGAAUUAAGUGAAAUAAGUCAUUUUGAGUUCCAAAAUUAUGCACAUGUGAUAUAGUUUGUCCAGUCCCACCUCUGAUUGGUUGGUUGAUGUCUUGUCGAAGGACAGGAUGCAGGAGCGGCUGCCUUGUAGCUCAUUGCCAGCACUGUUGAUUAUACUCACUCUUUUCAAGCUGUUUGUAAGUCGCACUGAUACUCAGCUUCACAGAAACAUGUUGAAAUGUAUGUAAAAUUGUAGUUAAUUAAGUAAAAACUUUAACAUUUUCCCUACAGUACAUAGAGCUUUACUUGAAUUAAAUAUAAAAUCAGAGUCUAAGUAGAAGCUAUAUUGAAUUAUAUCUGCCACCCAGAUUGGGUCCCAUAGUUCGACCGAGUUGCAAGCACGCAAUGCUCAUUUAAUAAGCCACCACACUUUAAGGAUAAAACUCUUCUGUGAUUUGUUUCUGAGGAAGUGCAAACCUCCACAGGCUGAAAGCAUGUUGUCUUUGCUGUCUCCCCUCAGACUUGCAGGUCAUCUGGCCUUGUAGGCAUUUAGGUAAAGGCAACGGUCUCAUGUGUGAUAUUUUAAUUGGUAUGUACUUUGAAAUGUGUUGUCCUAAACCAUGAUCAAAGAAGAGAACCAGGCUAAAGAUAGGGAAGGAAGCCCACCUCCUCCCAGGGGCUCCUUGGCUGCUCCUGGAGCUCCUGCCUCCUGUGGGAAGGUGCAGAUGGGGCUCUCUGGUUCUGCUGCUUGGGGCAGUUCCUCCAGACCUGCUGCCUCCCCGCUGUGGCUGUCAGCAGUGUCUUCUGCCCUUUAAUGAUGAGAGUGGUUUUUGUUUUUUGUUUUUUAAAAAAAAGCCUUAAAGAUUCUAGUGAAAUGCCUUAAAGAUUAUGAUGGUCCUGAAUAUCUUUAGAAUUCAGAGUUAGCUACGUCACUUAGUGCUGUGUAGAGGCUGGCAGUACAACACUACAUUGCUGUGGCUUACUUCAUUUUCUCAAUGUACUGACAAAUUGGACGAGGGAAAGGACUGGAGUGUAGCAAGGCUUUUAUGAAUAGUUUCAAAGGAGGCUGGCUCUUGGAUGAGUUCUGCUGUGCUCACUGAUAGCUUUCUGUGGCAUGUGGCAUGUGGCAGUAUUCCGGUCCACGCAUUAGAGAGAUGAACACACAGUGCUGGCCAGACACUCAGGCUGCUUGUUCUGACUGCCCUGCUGUCUCUCCAGGAUGGACGUGCUGAUAAUAGUUUCAUUCUUUAUUAUUCAUCUGUUCUUUUUCAUGCUCUCACUGAUGAAUAAGAAUAGAGGCGCUCUGAAGGGUUCCUUAAGCUCAGCUUUACCGUGGCUAUAGAUAAAGGUGACCCAGCAGCAGCCGUUCACCGGGCUUCAUUGCAUCGCAUGUUUAAGAUUUCCAAAAUUUCAAAUUUAUUUUUAACACAGACCUCAAAGAUUAAUUCCGGCAUUACAGUGUACCUAACUAAUUGACGCUGGUGUUCGUUGUAGUUUAGUGAAUUCUGGCAUUUACUUCCCCCAAAGUAAUACAGCUUGCAACUUAUACUUCAGUGCAUCAAAGGUGCAUUUGGGGGGAAAAUAUAUAUGUUCACAUUUUACAAAACUUAAAUUUGUGGUCACGUUAGCAGUAUUUAAAAAUAAAAUUGUCUGCAUAUUAGGUAUGAUUAUAAGCCAAGCUGUGUUUGAAACUAAACUGCUACCCACUUUGAGUAAUUGGACAUUCCUAGAUCACCCAUUUAAAUUAACUCUUUGUGUGGUUGCAUUUUGACCAUUAGCAGGACUAGAAAAUGUGUAUUUUUUUUUUUUAAUGAAACCCUGUAUCCAUAAUAACUUCAGUUCUUGGAUCCAGGGCUUCUGACAAAGUGAAUGAUGAAGCAAAGGGAACCGUAAACCCCCCCUUUGUGCGUGUUAUGACUUAGGCUGGACUUCCCGUCACUCUUUGUCUCCUGAGCCCACGGUCUGUGCCUGUCAGCCUUGUCUAUGUCUCCAUUCCCAGCCUGCCCCUCUGGUUUUGCAGAGAUGGUCACUUGCACUACUAGGUGGAGGCGGAGCCGACUGCGACCCAGGCCUGCCCUCUGCUUCCAAAGCACUUGUGUCCUGAAAGGAUGCGGCAUGGCUGUGCGACAGCAGCUUUCCCUGUCUUUGACAAGAGACUUCAGAUACUCUGGAGAACCUCAUUGUGGAGUUUAAAGGAAUAGAUUGGAAUUUGAAAGCAUCAAAUUGUAGAAAAAUCUACAUUUUUCUUUUGUAGUAUGAAACAUUAAUAAAAGGAAAAUCUUAGAGAGGUAAACUCACCAUUUAUUACCCUGUAAUGUUUUCUAAUGAAACACAACUAUGAAAAGGUGUCUGGCUUCCGCCUGGCUGAGUCCUGCCGCCUCCCAGGGGGUUGUCGUGGGUAGCUUCUUCUGUUUACAUAGAGGGGGACCAUGUGGACAAAGAAAGAUUUAACUAAAUACAAUUUUUCUUCGUAUUGAUCUUCUCACUAUCUUAUUUUCUAGAUCUAUCUCAUUCCCCAACCUUAUUUGGGGUAUUAAUUAAUUUUUAACAGGGAAAGCUUGCUGUGUUAUCGAGAUUUUUAGCACCAUUUUACACGAAGGCUGAAGGUUAGCUCUUGGAAAUGACAAGUUCCUUUAAAAUAUGUGUUUACUUUGCUCUGUGACAUUUCUGGAUCAUUCCGGUCAUCAAGGCUGAUCACGUGUACUAUUUCCUGCUACCUGUGAAAAGGAUUGUAAGAAUGUAUAACCAACACUCCAUUGCUUUUUAUUAGUAUGUAGAGAAUUUGUAUCUAAUUAAUGAAUGUAGUUUUACUGUAGUUUGUCAUUGUAAAUGGAACAAAGUACAUUAUCUUUAUAGUUAUUCUAAAAUGUACAUUAUGUAAGAAUUGUAAAUAUACUUGGUUACUUUGUAUGCUGAAAAUUUACAAUAUUAAGUCAAUAAAAAUAUCUCACUUCUGGCACA